GGAAGGUCGGACGCGGUUCAGGAAGCUGGUAGUAGCUAAACUCUGCUAUGGGAUGUACAGUGUAGUUAACUUUUUGAUCAGAAAUAAUGUGAUUAUCCGUUUCAAUAUAUAAAAAAUAUUAGCCAGCUCAACAUCUUCCUCAGUAGAAUGGGUACAUUAAAAAGUGGAUGGUUAGAAAAACAAGGAGGUGGAAUUUUUUGGAAAGACUGGAAACAAAGACAUUGUGUUUUAUAUCGAGAUGGGGAGCUGUCUAUAUACGAGAAAACAACAAACGCUACUGCUGAACUGAGAAUAAACAUGCGUCUAGAUUGUAAAAGAAUUGAUGUUGGAUUUGAUUGUGGUGGAACCAUAAAUUUGCCAAAAGGACGAGGUGAUGUUGAAGCACUAUUUGCUAUAGUUGGAAAGCACAAAACACACAUCUUUCUUGCACCAUCAGAAAGUGAAUGCAGAGAGUGGGUUGGUAUUCUGGAAAACACAAGAACAUCUGCUGCUCCUCCAUCGAAAAAAGUUCCCAUGGCACCUGCACAAGAAAAUAUCCCGCCUCCAGCAUAUUCACCAAUGGAAUAUAGUCAACCCUUAGGAGCUGGUAGUACUGCCCCUCCGCCUUCCGGCGUUGUUCCACAUGGUCAACCAGCCUACCAGCCUGCUCCAUCAGCACCUGGAUAUUACCCACAACAAGGUUAUGGACAACCAUCAUAUGGGCAACCGAUGUAUGGGCAGCCCAUGUAUGGACAACCCAUGUACGGUCAACCCGUGUAUGUAUCUCAAGCACCACAACAGCAACCUCAAGGUCGUUAAUUCAAGGAAUUGAAGUAUUGAUACACAUGAGAAAGUCAUCACAAAGCAACCCCAUCAUGCAAUGCAUAUGAGGACAGCUAGUAAAUAAUGCACAUUUUUGUACAGUUUUGUAAAUAUUGAUUGAAGACGGUCUACAAUAUGUUUUGUCAGACAUGAAAUCGCUGCAACAAGAAAGGUUUUUCAACACACGAAGAAGACUCUCUCUCUACUAUUCUAUCACAUUCGAAAUCAGCCGCGCGAAUGGGUUUGCAAGAUGAAAAUUGUCUUCGCGCGCAUUUUUGUUGUUGUUAUAUAUUGUUCUUUUGUAUAAGCGAGUUUUCUUACCAGCUUUCAUAAUAAUUUUCUAUAGUCUAAUAGCUGGUUGUCUUUGAUGUUUGUCUCAAGUGAUAGAAAAAAUGAAGAGUUUUUCAUCAUCAUGACAAGGUGGUAAUAAUUCCUGAACGUCCCUUUUUUUAAAAAUUUAUAUGCAAUUUCCUUAACAUCUUUAACAGGGUGGCCAUGCUUUCUGUAAAUCCUAAGUUGUUUUUUUGACAAAGUCCAUUUAAAGUCCUCAUAAAUCCUAUAAAUAAAAUACCUUAAAAUUUGUUGUUGUUUUUCAGAUUUUUUAACAGAAUUUUUUCUUUAAAGUAUAAAUUUUUUUGACGACUUUUCUUUCCCUGACUUUUGUUAUAACCCUUCAAAAUCCUCUAUUUAAUCUCCAAAAUUUUCAGAAUUUUUAACAAUCGUCCAUAUUAAUUAGCAAAAGUUUUAUUGUCAAGUCCUUCAAUUUGGAAGAGAAAUAUAUGUGGCCAUCCUGUUCAAUCAUUUCGGAAAUUUAUUUUGUCCACUUUUUCUGGUGGUACUGUGUUUAGCUAUUGCUUCAUUAUGUGAUAGAGAUUUGUAAAAAAAUUUAUUACUAUUGGUUUAAUGUUAAAUGAAAAUUUUAAAAAGAAAACUGGGAUUCAGGUUGUUAACAGGUUGCUCUUGCCAGCAAGAAGAAUAUUUUUAUUUAAAAAAUUAUAAAUAAAGCGUUUGAAAUAUAUAUUUGUUAAUUUUGGUAAGCCUGAUUUUUGUAAGCGGGUAUACCCAGGGCGUAUUAUGUACGUACAAAUAACACUGCUCCGGAAUGUACAUAACUCAUCUUGAGUAUGAAUUAAUGCGCCCUGGGUACAAAUUUUGUAAAAAUCUUUGUUAGUCUUUGUAAUUAUAUAAAAACUAGAUAAAUAAAUUUAUAAAUACAAAAAUACAUUAGUAAAUAAAAUUUUUCUGUUUAAUGUA